GAGAACGAAAAAGCACAGCCGCGCAGCUAUACUAUCGCUUAUAGGAAGCUGAUGCUAUUUUCAUCCAUGCAAUAAUAAGCUCUAUGCAAAAUUGCAGAAGCAAUGGUGUUUAUAUUCUACAUAAACUGGAUAUGGAGACUACAAAAAAGUGCAAACCAGACUGGAUGAAAACCCAAAUGAACAGUUCAUUUUCAGAUGAAUUAGGCUGUAUCACAGAUGCAACUGAUGAGGAACAAGAUGACUUACCUUAUGAUGGAGAUGUAGGAAUAACCUGUAAAUACAAUAGUAAUUCAGAUAAUUUGAGUGACUGUACUUGUACAAAAGAUAUUUCUGGUAUUUUAAAAUUAGCCUGUUCUGAAGAUAACAAAAACAUAAAAGCAACAGCAAAUUAUGAAACUCAUCCACAGCCUGACGAAUUCUCCAGUCACCAUAGAGAUGCCAUAGGGACAACAGGAAUUUCAGUUGAAAAGCCUGGAAGUGAAGCUUCCUUUAAGAAGGAAUUACCAGUUGGUAGUUUUAGCAAACCAGAUAGCAAAGAACAUCUCACUCACUCAAAAAUGUCCAGCGUCCUUUUGCGUCAUUUUUCUAAGGGAGGGUUAAUAAGCACAUGCCAGUUAAUUGAAUGUGAGACAAUACCAGAAACAUCCUUUACUGAAAGUAUCGAUGAAACUGUGAACAAACCUGAGCCUUCAGAACAUGUUGAAGGCCCUUUAGUGCAUCAACAAUGGGCAACUAACUUUGAAGAACGUCACUUAGAAAAGCACAAGGAAGUAAACACUGGUGAUAAAAAUCAAAAUUUGCUAAAUGAAAAUAUAUGCAUUUCAAAGAAACCUAUUUCUUCUACUGAUAAGUGUGGGUACAGACAAGAAAAUUCACAAUUGAUUAAUGAGAAUGAAGAUACACACAUCUUUCAAAACAUGAAAGAAGAGCGUACCCUGUUUAAGAAAACAGUUUCACCUCAUGAGCUCAAAUAUGGCCAAGGUCAAGCUCACUAUUGCCUUCCUGACUUCUCCAAAGUUGCUUCAGAAGUUAAAGUACCAAAAAGAAGUGACAAUGUUAACUCAGUUCCUACAAUUGAAAGAGCAAAAUCCUUCCCUAUUUUGCUAAGUAAAUCAGUAAUUGUGAACAACAUUCUAGAAAAUAAGAACUAUUUCAAUUCUGCUGAAGUAGAGAAUCAAGAAGAAAUGAGCAUUCCAGAACUGUUGCAACAGCUAGAGGUUCUUCCUCAGUCAGAUUUUCCAAAUCCCAGCAUUGCCAUUUACUCAGGAGACACUGGGACAUCCUCUGGAGUCUUUACAUUACAUGCUCCUAUCCCUAUACAAUCUACAAAUGGUUUGUCUGAAGCAAGAUUACAGUGUGGAACAACAGCAUCAGCAUUACCAGCAGCUGGUACAGCAGAAGCACACUGUCUACAUCCUUCUAAUUUACUGCCAGAACUAACACUAGGGGAACAGAUGUCUCAGAUACUAAAGGAUCAGACAGAUCAACUGAUAAAGAAAGUAGAAGACUUCUCUAAGCAUAUGACCCAGGAGACAUUCCUUUUACAAGACAACUAUCUGGCAUUAAAUCAAUUGAAAAGAUACCUUCAUGCCUUGGAAAGGAAUUACUUAACAGCCAGAGAAGAGCACCGUAAUUUACAGCUGCAGAACUACAAGGACGAGUCUAUCAGCGUUGGAGAGUUUGAUCCUGACAGAAAGGUGGAAGGGGAAAUAUUUAGACUUGGCAUGCUGCUUGAAGACAUUCAGGAACAAACAGAUGACAGCAAACGCAACUGGUCGUCUUUGUUUACUUCCUAUGAAUCCACCCAUUCAUCAUAUUCUCUUUGUGAGAGCUCAGUAGUUUCAAGCGUGGCUGAUCCUCCAGAAAGAAGACGUAUUGAAACUGCAUUUCUUCACAAGAACCAUGAGGGAAAAGAGAGUCAGACAACUGAUGUAAUCCCGCAGACAAAUCAAUUUUCUUUAGAAGGCAACAAGUGCAAUCUUUGUCUUCACAUGUUACAAAAGAGAGCUGAAUCAACUUCCAGAAGAGAAACAGAGCCUCUGGGAAAAGGAGGUCUGCUAGCAAACAAGCUUUCUUCCAACAUAAUGAGAGUGCUUUCACCUGAGGAAAAAUACGCUGCUGAAGGUCUUGCAUCCCAUAGUCAGGGUACAUUAAGUCAAAAAUUUAAUGCUGAUGAAGAAAGUAUGAAAGGAAAUAUAAACAUCCAGGAAAGGAAGACUGGAACAUGUUCACUCUUCAUUCAGAGAAAACCAACUGAUUUAUCAGAUACCAACCUGAGCAGCAAUUCAGAAGACAUCUCAGCCUAUGAUUCUUACAAUGAUUCACAAAGCAAGGAACUUGUGAACUGUGAGACUGAAAGUUACAAAACAUUCGAUACAAGAUUAUGUGGAGAGAGAAAAGGACCUAGAUGCAGAUGCCCUAGAGGAAGCAGAGAUCAAUUUAAACUCAGGAAUUACCAAGAGUCUGUUCAGUCUUGUACCCUAUGUAGAAAUAAAAGUUCUGGUUUAUCCUCUUAUUCACAGAAGAGAAUCUCCACUCAAAAGGCUCAAAAAAAUAAACAGCCACAUGAACUUGUAAACAGACUUUCUGAAAGGCAAAAUUUUGAGGCUGCCAAAACCUCCUAUUCAAGCACAUAUGAUAAAAUUAUACUUUCACAUCAAUACUUACCCAGCAAGAAGUCUGCCCAAAGCAAAUCUGCAAUCAACAUCAGAAACAGAAAUGCCAAUGAUUCCAAUACAAAUAUUUUGAGUUCUACUCUGGAUCAUGCUAUACAGACAGCAAACAGUUUGAAGAAAGCUACAGAACGAAUGGUACGAGCAGUUUCAGAAGAUCUAGCUAAAGUUAAAAGAAAACAGCUUUAAUU